UUAUUUAUAAAUUUGAUAAGCUAAUCAAUGAGGUAAUGUGGUAUCAUUGUACUCCUUAUGGUUUAGAUAAAUAUAGAUAGCAAAAGUGAAGAAUAGUAAUAGCCAACCAAAUGAAGCAGAAGGUGUUAACUAUUUUCAUUGUCUCUCUCCUAAUUCUCUCACUUCCAUCAUCAUCAGCUGAACCUACCAAUGUCUGCAUCAUCGGAAGUGGCAUCGCCGGCUCAUCGGUCGCCCACUUUCUCCGGCAAUACGACGAUCCUUCCCGUAUCGGCCAAAUCCGAAUCUUCGAACGAAACGGCGUCGUCGGCGGCAGGAUGGCCACCGUCUCCGUCGCCGGCCAGACCUUUGAAGCUGGUGCCUCCAUUCUUCAUCCCAAGAACUAUCACGCCUUGAAUUUCACUAAAUCUCUCGGUCUGAAAAUCAAGAAACCCUCUUCUUCUUCUUCUUCACUCGCGCUUGGAAUUUGGGACGGCCAUAAGUUCACAUUCAAAACCCUAACUUCGGAUUCGAAGCUUCCUUUCGUUCAGCAAAUCGUGUCGCUCACUAAUUCCAUCCUCAUGUUUGUUCGUUACGGCCUCUCACUCUUCAGAAUGAGUAACUUCGUCGAGAGUACUGUCAAUAAUUUCUUAAAGUAUUAUGAUGGUUCGAGGCCGGUGUUCCAGACUGUGGAUGAGAUGCUGAAAUGGGCGGGUUUAUACAAUUUAACAACACGGACAUUGCAAGAUGAAUUGGUUGAUGCUGGGUUGUCUCCUUUGUUGAUGCAGGAGCUUGUUACGGUAAUCACGAGAAUCAAUUAUGGUCAAAGUGUCGCCAUUAGUGGACUUGCAGGUGCAGUUUCCUUGGCAGGAUCUGGGGGAGGGUUAUGGUCAAUUGAAGGAGGGAACUGGCAGAUGGCUCUUGGACUAAUUAAUCGUUCAGAUGUGUCGUUGCACCUCAAUGAAGAAAUUGAGUCCAUUUCUUACCUUGGAGAUUACUACGAGCUCAACUCCACCAAAGGAAAUUCUUACACAUGUACAGUCGCAGUAGUUGCGACACCUUUAGAUGAGCUGAAUAUUCGUUUCUUUCCCGCAAUCUCAAUUCCUGAUAGGAAAUUACAGCACACGCAUGCGACUUUUGUGAGAGGCCUUUUGAAUCCUGUGUAUUUUGGCUUUGUGGCUGUAUCUGAAAUUCCUGAACUGGUGGGCACCGUAGAGGAUCCUGAGCUUCCAUUCUCAAGCAUAUCAGUUCUCAAGCAACACAAUGAAACGGAUAUGACUUACAAGAUAUUUUCCCGUGAACCAAUGGCAGAUACAUUACUGGAUCGUAUCUUUAGUGUGAGGAGGGAGACGAUUCACAUAGAUUGGGGUGCGUACCCUCAUUAUAAAGCUCCUGAAGAGUUUGCACCUUUUAUUUUGGAUGGUCAGCAUUUGUACUACGUGAAUGCUUUCGAGAAUGCAGCCAGCACCAUGGAGACAAGUGCUGUCGCGGCCGAGAAUAUUGCAAGACUGAUCCUCUCAAGACUGUCUGGUCAGGUGCACUCAAGUUUACUAAACUUGAAAAGCUCUACCUCUGAUUCAAAUAAUCUGCAUUUAGAUUUGUAAGUAAAUUUCAUAAUUAUAAAAUGCGGGAGUACUUGAAAUGCUUUAGAACAGUUGGCACUUGUUGUAAGUUACUGUACUUCGAAUCCCGAAAUUGUAAAACCAUGAAAUCUAUUUAUGUGUCAAUCCCAUUUGAAUGGGUGAGACCUGAAAGAUUGUGAAAUUUUGAAGUUUCUGAAUUUA